GUGUGUUCACACGGAAACCCACAGGCUUGCGAUACAAUAGCUCCUCCCACUUCUCAGAACCAUCAUGCUUUGUAUAGCACUGUGACCACAGACGACCAGCCAGAACAGGAAGGCAAGCGUAGCAUGAAGAGCAAGAAGACCACACAAUCUCUUUGAAACGGCUAAAAUGGACUUCUUCUUCUUCAAAAUAUUUUAUCUACUGCUGCUGAAAGCAACGGUGGAGGCCGUGGCCAGCAGAAUUACGUUUCAUCCACAGACGCCCCCGCUGGUCCUCCUCAGACCCUUCCUGACGCUCAACUGCAGCUUCGACAUUGAGGGUGACGCCUACCGGGUUAGGGUUAGCGCCUACCGGGUUAGGGUCAACUGGUUUAAGAAGGAAGGCCAGAGCUCAGGCUGUGGAGAACCCAAGUUCUCUUCCGGCCUGUCCAAUGAGACAGCGAGCCUGGUGACAAGGGACCGAGUCACACAGUGGACGGGACGUAACUGGUCAAGCCUGACUUUGAGAGACGUUACAGCCAAUGACAGUGGGUGGUACUUCUGUGAGGUUGUGGUGGAGAUUCCUAACUUUCAGCAAAAAUGCAACCCUGGAACUGAAGUUAUCGUGCCAUCUUCACUGAGAAGUUCCCCUGCUACUAAAACUGCAGCUAAACACACAACACCUCGCUCCCCCGCAUCACUCCCACAUCAUGUGAAUGCACACUGGUGGGUGUGGGUGACAGUGGGUGUUGGAAGUCUUAUGCUGGCUGCAAUCUUUAUUGGUGGUGUAAGGAUACUAUGCAGGAGGAUGAGAUGCCAGAAUAAAGAGAAUCCCAUCUAUGAGAACAUGCAUCCAGUGCACAAGAACGCGGGUCAUCCCCAGCCCUCCCCACGCCCACGAACGCAGCAGAACCCUUCUGAUCCGCCGUCCUCAGUACACCCGGGGACACCCAAAAUACUCUGAACACCUGGGCCUGAACAGUGACCGGAACUGUAGACGGCUCUCCACGGAACCGAUUCUCCCCAGAACGAUCCGUCACAUACCGCGCGGCACAUCGUCUUCAGCCGCUGCAGUGCACGCGCUCCUCUGUGUGCGCGUGCCUUUACUUACUGGUUUUGUGCACAGUUCCCAAUACUCCCUCUUUCACCAUGAUCUUUGCCAACCUUUGUUUUUAACUGCCCACGUCAGUCGAUCACUGUGAGCUCUUUAGUUCAGGUUUGAGCGUAAUUUACCAAAAGGAAUCCGUUUCAUGGGUGGUCGAAGCAUGGAAAAUGGUCACACGCUGCUGAACGAGAACCGAGAGCAGAAAGGAUUUGAAUUCUGCUUCUGGAACACUGAGGGAUCGCUCUGAUUUAGGUUGUUGUACCUUCGUGCCCCACUAGGCAGCAGUCAACGAUAGGACCAAACCUAUGGGGUGGAUUAACACGGAAUUUAAAAGUGUUUUGUUCAUUCUGUCAUCUAGCCACCAUAUUGUGCAAUCUGUUGUUUAUGAUGUCUGCCAGUUUUUGAGUUCAACUUUCAAAACAACUGCUUGUACAGGCAGUCUAAAUAUCUCUGCAUUAAGAUGCACUUCGUGUACGUUGUCAAGAUGGAGAAGAGGCUGGGAAAGAGAGAGAGAGUUGAAUUUGAAGAUAAACUGUUGGAAAUUGCUGGUGAAGUCAAACAUUAGAAUGGAGUUAAUUGAGGCCGUUUUACUGUAGCACUUCUGUGUCUUUAAAACCUGUUUUUCACUUAAUUCAUAUGUCAUUUGUAUUGUAGCAGUGUUAAUAAUAAAUCAACACAGACCA